AUGCCUCCCAUCAGGCUCUAUGACGUCAGCGUCGGUGGGCAGCGCGUGAGGGACUCGGGGUUCCGGACGGAGUAUGAGCGGACAGUGGAAGUGUCCAGUGCUCCGGACACGUUUACUUGUGGGCACGUCCUGUGUCAUAAAUGCAUUCGUAACCAUGUUGUCCCAAUGCGAAGAGCAGCCUGGGAAUGUCCGGUCUGUUAUCGGGAAUCCGAUUCCUUCAACAUUCCGGAAACUUCCGGGGGCCGGAUAAUGGCUGAGGAAGACGACACACAACACAUUAAGCUGAUGUCGAACUACGACCAGAUGGUGAAAAAGUUCAGUGGCAUUGACUACUCAUUAAGGAGACUGAAGGACGAAAAAGUAGAGGCGAAGUCUGUGGGUCUGUCCUACACGACAUGCCCCUGCAGUUUGUGCGGAGAGAAUCACGGUACACUUUCCGUGACCCAGGAAUACAACCAGCUCCGCGUGCAGCACCUACGUCCGAGUUCAAUUGACCAUUUCUUUUACCGUCUAUCCACGGGGCACAUUGUGACGUCAUUCUACAGCGUCGUGAACUCUUCCUGUGUGUGUGUCCCGUGCACGUAUAAAGAAAUCCACGAGCGUCCACAAGAUUUCCCCGCUAUUACAAAUAACAACCUUAAAGGGUCAAUGGAGAACGCUCUGGCGGAGGUAGGAAAGGUGGUAACCGGUAACAACGCCCCGAUAGAAGCCCUGGAGGGCAAAAGCGUCAUUGAAAUUGACCAUAAUAUCAGUGUUAAAGAACGGGCGGAUCUAUUUACUUUUAACGCCACAACAGAUAUGAUAAAGAGACUUGUGAGAAGAGAAGAGGAGAAUUUAGAUCUUGCAAAAAAGAGUCCAGAUGUUUUCAAAGAGGCAGUUGUCAACGGAAUGCUGGAAUUUGAAUGGGAUCUAUUCAUUGAAGCUAAAAUGAAAGAACUACGGGGAGAGACCUGGACUUUUCAGGAGAAGGCCAUCUGUUUCAGUAAUGGAAUGCUCAUCGGUGGUGGCGGACCAGACGAUUUCGUGAUCUGGGCUGAAGACAAUUUUAACUUUGAAGAGUUCCGUCCCCUUCCUCUGUACGAAACUUUAAUGGAGGAGGCCUAUCUCACACAUCUCAGCUCCAAAAAUCAUGACUAUGUUUAUAUGGAUGUCUCCAUUGGUGAUGAGCCUGCUGGCAGACUAGUCAUUGAGUUAUUUUCUGACAUUGUUCCGAGGACGUGCGAGAACUUCAAAUCUCUGUGUACAGGAGAGAAGGGAAAAACAGAGGAGACCGAUUACACACUGCACUACCUUAAUACAACCUUCCACAGAAUUGUCAGGAAUGGGUGGAUCCAAGGGGGUGACAUCUAUCACGGAAGAGGAAAUGGCGGGGAAUCGAUAUUUGGAUAUGUGUUUGAAGAUGAAAACUUUGCUGUGUCCCACUCGCGCCGUGGUAUGGUGGGGAUGGCCAAUAAGGGGCGCCACACAAACGGCUCCCAGUUCUACAUCACCCUGCAGCCCACCAAAUGGAUGGACACCAAAUACGUGGCCUUUGGACAGGUGAUUGAAGGGACUCAGACCCUGAGGAAAAUGGAAGAACAGGAAACUAUGAACGAUAGACCGAGAAAGGACAUCAAAAUCACAGGCUGUGGGGCCCUCAAUUUCCAGUUCUGAGCCACGUCUCUAUCAAAAGUGCUCAAUGUGACAGACAAAAUGGAACUCAUUGUCAAUAUCAGACAACCUUAAAAAGACUGUCAGGGGACUGAGGAGAUUAGCCCCCUACUGCUCUGUUAUAGUGAUGUCUUUAUCCAGCAUCUUUGUUUCAGCAUGUUUUUUUUAUACAUACGCUGUACAGUAAUGAAUAUGUAUAUAUUUUAUUGAUAAAAUGCUUAAAACACACA